UUAUCCUUGACGACUGCAGUCAGCCAUCAAGUAACAUGCUUUGGAAAUGGGUCACAAGGCAUCGUCUUUUCCAUCUAAGCAGCAGUAUGUGCCUUGGUCUGAAUGUUAGUACCAAACAACAGCCAUUAAAGCUAUUUAACUGUGAGUCAACAAAGGCAAUAUUGUGGUGGCAUUGCAAUGGUAAAGUAUUAACUAGUGCCUCUCAAUAUAAAUUGGCGGUUGGACAAGGACAACAUAUUGUAGCAGAAAGGACAGUGUAUGACCGAUGGAAGAGAUAUAUGACACAGGAUGAAGGUCCAUGUGAACAUCCAUAUGAAGAAGUUCAUACUGUACUUGGAAACUCACGUGGGAUGCCGUGUGCUCUUCCAUUUAAAUAUAAUAAUAGGUGGUACCAUGAAUGUACUAAUGAAGGGAGAGAAGAUAAACUCUUUUGGUGUGCAACUACCAGCAAUUACGAUGUUGAUGAAACAUGGGGAUUUUGUCCAAAUUUGGAUCCCGGGUGUGAUCUGCUUUGGGAAAAAGAUCCUUUUUCAUCAACGUGCUACCAGUAUAAUCUUCUGGCUCUUCAUUCUUGGAAUGAGGCCCAUGCUUCAUGUCAAGCACAAGGAGGAGACUUGCUGUCUAUCAGAGAUCCUAAGGAGCAGGAGUACAUCGUCAAACGUUUACAAAAUGUUGGAAUUCUGGCAUGGAUCGGCCUUAAUCAUUUGGAUGAAGUUGCUGGGUGGCAGUGGUCAGAUGGAGAACCCUUGAGCUUUGUGAAUUGGGACACAGAUCAGCCUCAGGGCUCAUUACUGGGAACAUUCCAUUGUGGGUCACUAAGUUCGAAGUUUGAUUACCGUUGGAGUAGUGCUGUGUGUGAGACAGCUCUGCCUUACAUUUGUGAAAAAGUGAUCAACUCUACAAAAAAAGUUGAACCCUUUGAAUUCUGGCAGUAUAGGACCACAUACUGCGAAUCUGGCUGGCUUUCUUACAAUGGAUUUUGCUACAAAAUGCAUAAAGAAGAUUUGAGCUGGAAAGAUGCCCUGAUGUCAUGCCGCCUAAAUGGAAGUGAACUUAUUAGUAUUCGCUCAUUAGCAGAUGUGGCUGUUCUGAUCAACCAGUUUAAAAAUGAAACUGUACCAGAGGUUUGGAUUGGACUUGCCAACAACAGGACGCCAGCUCAAUUUACAUGGUCAGAAGGAUCAACUGUGACGUUCACUUACUGGCAUAAGAAUGAGCCAAAUGCUCCGUAUAACACCACAGAACACUGUGUGUCUUCACAGAAGAUUGAUGGCCGAUGGAAUGUUAGAGAAUGUGAGGAAAGUAAAUGGAGCAUCUGUAAGAAGCCAGGAAAGGUGGAACAAAGACAACCUGGAAAAGAUGAAGGCUGCCCUGAGAGCUGGAAAAGAUAUGAAGAAUCCUGCUAUAAGAUUGACAAUGACCUACAAACCUAUGAAGAAAUUUCAAAAAAAAAUUAUUGUCCACUUGUUACCAUUGAAAACAGGUUUGAACAAGCAUUCAUUAAUAGUCUGAUCAGUAAUUUUGCCAGAGAAGGCCACAAAAACUUCUGGAUAGGUCUUCAGGAUAAAAAUCAGACUGAAAAAUAUACCUGGUUACUGGCAAAUGAUAAGAAUGCACCAGUUUCCUUCACAAAUUGGAAUAAAAAUCAACCAGCUCAUUCAGGUGGUUGUGUUGCACUAGUAAGGGUUAAAUCUCAUAUCCUUUGGGAAGUUAAAGACUGUAAAUCCUUCAAAGCAAUGUCUUUGUGUGAGCAAAAAGUUGCAUCUGCUCCUCAAUCAAAAUCCUUCCCUGAUCAAGCCAAGAAGGCUAAAGCUAAAUGUCAUUUUGGAUGGGAGUCCAGCCCAGAUCUUCUGAAUUGCUUCAAGGUAUUUCAUCAUGAGAAAGUGUUAAAGAAGAGAACUUGGGAAGAAGCGGAACAAUUUUGUCAAGCAUUUGGAGCUCAUCUUGCAAGUUUCAGCCACUACAGCGAGGAAGUUUUUUUGAAUGAAAUUUUGGGAUGGAUGUUUGCUAGGGAAGAAGAAAGAUGGUUUUGGAUUGGAUUUAACAAAAGGAAUCCAUCUUCUGUCGGCUCCUGGGCUUGGAGUGAUGGCACUGGGGUUGUUUCUUUGUUUUCACUUGAUAGAGACAAAGAUGAUGAUGUCAGAAUUUGUGCUGCAUACAAAUUUGAUAAAACCAUUGCACCUUUUCGUUGUGAUGAAAAGCUGGGAUGGGUUUGUAAAAUGCCAAAAGGAGCUGAACUGAAAAAACCAGACUGGUACAUUGAUGAAGAGCAAUUUGCAUUUGCACCUUGGAUCUUCUUUCAAGGAGCUGAAUAUUUGUUUUUUGAGACGGAGGGGAAGUGGCUUGCAGCUGCUGUGGCUUGUAGUUUGAUGGGUAGCGACUUGGCAUCUAUAAAUACAGCCAAAGAACAGGACUUCAUUAAAAACAGAAUUGAAAAGUUUUUAGCAAAUGGGCAUGAAAAGUGGUGGAUUGGAUUAUAUGCAGAAAAUUCCAAAGCUGGAUUUCGUUGGAUAGAUGAUUCAACAAUGUAUUACAACAACUGGGAUUUCAACUACCCAAGCCGUUUACCUAAGCAUAGUGGCAGAUGUGUUUACAUGUCAUCAAAAACAGGACGCUGGGGUGAUAGCAAGUGUUUUCUAUCUCUUCCUUUCAUCUGUGAACGACACAAUAUAUCACUGAUAGAGGUUCAUAAAGUUGAGACUUACCUUCCAGAUCUUUCGUGUCCAAAAGGUUGGCUGUAUUUUGAAAAUAAGUGUUUCCUGAUGUAUGCCCCAAAGGAUAAGAGUCAGCUAAAACACUGGUAUUCUGCUCAAAUGUUCUGCAGUAUACGUGGAGGAACCCUGGCUACAAUAGAAAAUGAAAUAGAACAAGCAUUUUUAACAAUUCAGCUCCUGGAUAGGACAACUAGUGUUUGGAUAGGACUACACAGUGAUAAUUUUGAACGUUGGGUGAAUGGGAAGCCUGUGAAGUAUUCGAACUGGUUACCAAAUGAGCCAGCACGGGACACUGCAGAUCCAUAUAAAAAUGAUCCUACUUCAGAACAUCUUAAUAGCCCUAUCUUACAAGAGGAAUCAAAAAGGUGUGCUUUAUUGUCCAAUAGUCAUGCUUAUCAUUCCACAGGAAGGUGGUACACAAGAACUUGCAAUACGAACUAUUAUGGUUUUGUUUGUCAAAAGUAUCCAGAUAAACCUGUCCAUCAUAUCAAUGCAUCAUCUGUCUAUCCAAUACUUGAUACUUUUGCAUAUGGAAACUACACAUACAAACUGAUUAAGAAGAAUGUAACAUGGUAUGAAGCAUUAACUGAAUGCCGACAAAGAGGUUCUGAACUGGUCAGCAUCACUGAUCAAUACCACCAAGCGUUUCUCACAGUCGUUGUGAAUAGGCUGUCACACCCGCAUUGGAUAGGACUGUCUAGCCCAGAUGAUGGAAAAAGCUUUAUUUGGUCAGAUGGUAGUGGCAAUAUAUUCAGUCAUUGGGCAGAGGAUGAUAUUCACUCAUCUCAUGAUUGUGGGUACAUGGAUACAAAUGGCUACUGGAAGACCACUAACUGUGAAACUCAACUGCCAGGAGCUUUCUGCCAAGUUUUACAAACUGCAACCUCAAGUUCCCCAGCUUACAAAGUGAAGUGCCCGAAUGCAACUAAAGAAUUACCUUGGAUUCCAUUCCGAGGCAAUUGUUAUCUCUUUGACUUGGUUUUAUACAAUUCUUCAAGCUUAACAAUGGAAAAAGCUAAAGAGGUUUGCGGAAACUUGGCUACAAAGUCUUUUAUUUUACAUAUUAAAGAUGAAGAGGAAAACAACUUUGUUUUUGAACAAGUCAGAACAUAUAGCCACAUUGUAAGUGAGAUUUGGUUGGGGAUCACAUUUGACGUAAUUGAUAAUACCCUCAAGUGGUUUGAUGGAACCUCAGUAACUUACUCAAAUUGGGGCUCAGAAGAGUCUGAAGCAAAUAAUUUUACUGUCGGUUUAUGUGCGGCAAUGAGAUCCUCAGAUGGUGCAUGGUUUAUGACUGAUUGUGGUGAGGGUCUUGGGGCUGUUUGCCAAACAGAUUUGAGUGGACGUACCUACAUUCCAAAGCUACAAGGAUACCAAAUUGGAAAUGGAACAAUACUUAACAUUGUAAUAGCAGUGGUGGUAACCGUGGUUAUUGUUUUGGGUGCUGUUGGGUUCUGGUAUCUUUGGAAGAAGAAUCAAACUCCUUUCAGAUUUUCAGGAAAUGCAUAUUACAGACAAACUACCCCUGAAGUGAAUAUGUGAUAAAAACUUGGGACAAGGAGGACAUACCAUAUGUAGAUACUUGAAAUUGGAAA